AGUUGGGGCAAUUUUUGGAGCAUUUCUGGAGCAUUUGGCCCAGAAAACAUCUUGGACACUCCAGAGAUGGACAUCCUGCAGGGUCUCAUCGCCGCUGCACUCAACCUGCGCAGCCCGUCCGAGGGCUGUUUUCUCCAAGCUUGCGGCCUCAAAAACUUCUUUCAGUACGGCUUCUGGACGAUGAGGAACAAAAAGGACCCAUUGAAAAGCAUUCAUCACUUCCUGAGCGACGUGCAGACCAGCCAUGUCUAUAUGCGGGUGCCUCUCGGGUCCUUCUUCGGUGCUGGGAAGAUCCUUUUCAUCAAGGACCCUGUGUCCAUUCAAGAGGUGGUCAAUUCCGAUGACUUCUGGCGAUGCAACCCACUAGUCGUUUUCAGGUCUUGGUAUACAUGGUGGAUAGGAUUGGACAAAUUUGUCGAUGACCACAUUGCCCAGUCAAUCUUUGUCCUUCUGGACGGCGAGCAACAUGAAAAGCUCCGAGCGAUCUUUCUGGACUUUGGCAGGAGGAUUGCAGAUCUGCAGUCACAGGAUGCCUUGGCCAAGAAUGCUUUGGCAAUCCUCCAGGCACGAGUCCAAGGAGAAAAUAGCUUAUUUGACAUCUUGCAGGAGGUGGCUACGAGAAUUCUGCUGGAGGUUUUGGUUGGAUCCUCUUUGCCAGCAGGAUGGACAGAACGGCGAUUUCUUGAUCUCAUCAAUCGAAUCAUGGAGGCUGUCUUCAAUAUUCAAUGUCCUUCUCGAAUGGAUCAGGAGGAUCUUCGAUAUAUUUUUGACCACUUCUCGACCAACUCCGCCGAGAACAGCUUGACUCAGCACCUUCGUCGGUGCGGGUGCUCGCAGGAGCAAACCAAGCACAAUCUCCUUGCGUUGAUGUUAUUGGGAAUGCAGUCGUUGGCCAAUGGCCCAUAUUGGCAGAUUCUUCGGAUCUACACGGAGCGUGGGCUUCUAAAGCAAGUGCGGGAGAAUCCGCAGCGAGUCUGGGCAGUGAUCGUUGAGGAGCUACACAAUCAUCCGCCUUCUGCGCCCAUUUUGAUGCCUUACAGGGCAAAGCGGAAUUCCACCAUCCGGGGGCAAACCAUCCUUGAGGGAACCGUCGUGGUGAUCUCCCCGCCAUGGUCACACGCUAUGAUGGGCGGAGCCCCGCAGGAGUCAACUAAUCCAACUGGUUGCCCAUUUCAACGAAGCUCUUCGCCCAUACGCAGCUUGCAGAAUGCAAUGGGGCAGUGCGCCCAUCCAAGGAGCUACGCCUUUGGAGCGAGCACACGUUCUUCCUGCCCUGUGAAAGGUUUCAACAUGGCAACGAUGUACAGCGUGAUCACGGGCUUUGUUGACUUGUACGACAUGAAAGCUUCUUUGCUUUAAGUGGGGCAGAAGACGACAACACACUUUGCUUCGCAGCCUUAGGUUCAUGAUCCUCAACGCCUUUGCUGUAUGAAACAGGCAGAGCAUAUGAAUUUGCAUAUUGUGAACAGGCCUUCUGUGCAGCUGCAAGUCACGCUGCAAGAACGCAACCAAAGUCAUGUGACCAAGCCUUGCGGGCAGCAGCCGGUGAUGUCGCAAAGCCCUUUGUGGGCUUGGUUGCCUUUUUUGUGUCCCGUUCUGUGUCUUUCCGCUGCGCUCCUGAGCUUGAAGUUGAAGCCAAAGUGAUAUCGACCUCGCUUCUUUUCCCA